AUGUCUUUCAAGAAACACUCUCGUCAAUAUGACUUGGUGGUGUUCGGCGCAACCGGCUUUACCGGGUCACUAGUUGCGGAACAUAUCACAACCCACUUCCCAACGGAUCUAAGAUGGGCGAUAGCCGGUCGAUCUGCUGACAAGCUGCGGAAUGUAGUUCAAGAAUGCAAAGCCUUGAACUCUAACCGUCAGCCUCCAGAGAUUGAGAUAUGUGGUCUCAAUAACGCAGAUCUUGCAGCGUUGGCCAAAAAGACCUUUGCACUCAUCACGACAGUUGGACCGUAUGCAAAAUACGGAGAGUUUGCCUUUAAGGCUUGCGCAGAGGCUGGUACUCACUAUUUCGAUUGCACCGGCGAGGCUGUUUGGCACGCAUCUAUGAUUAGGAAGUAUGAAGCAUCCGCAAAGGCAACGGGUGCUUGCAUGUUCUCCCAGUCCGCUAUCGAAUCUGUGCCAUCAGAUUUAAUGACCUUCUCGAUGGCAUCGCUCAUCCGAUCUGAGCUGUCAGCCCCGGUGGACGACGUUGUGGUUAAAAUACAUGAGAUACACGGUGCACCGUCGGGUGGUACUCUCCAUACGCUCCUAGGGCUCUUCGACGUCUUUCACUGGAAAGAAGUAGCUCAGUCCCACAAACCAUACGCUCUAUCUCCCGUCCCGAACUCGAAACGGGCCCCUAAGCCUUCGUUGCUAUCAAAGCUAACAGGCUUAUAUACCAUCCCCAAGCUUGGGCUUAUGUCAACCUCCAUGACUGCCGGGACCAACACAGCAGUUGUGCAGCGUACCUGGGGUCUGUUCAAAGAGGAGUCGUCGUUGCAGAAGCAGUUCUACGGGCCAAAUUUUACUUACCGGGAAUUUAUAAGAGCGAAAAACCACCUUGGGGGUAUGGUGAUGCACUAUACCCUCAUAUUCGGCGGCGCAUUGCUUAUGUUCUGCUCGCCAAUUCGAAAGCUAAUGCGCAACUUCGUCUAUCAGCCCGGCGAGGGAGCAAGUAAAGAAGAGCAGGCAAAAGAGCAUAUCCAGUUCCACGGAAUCGCAACGCCAGACAUCCAACCUAGCAUCGGCAAGCAAGCAUGGUGUAAUGCUGAAUAUAGUGGCGGAUUGUAUUAUCGUAAUAUCACGAUGGAUGCAUCAUCAGGAGCUUCAACUAGCUCCGGCCUGACAUCCGAGCGAACUCCUCUCCUACGACACGACACAAGCCGUCCCAGAAGCGCGCGCAAUGUAACAUUCAACCCUAAUCCCGUAACGAGAACAAUCGAUCCCGAUCCCUCAUCCUUAAGCUCCUCGCCCAGUACUACAGGCAACUUUGGCCAUGCACGCCUACCUAGCUCUAUGGCCUCGGGUAGCAGUUCCGCUGGUCCGCCACCUAUGCUCUCCGCGCUGAACAGCCGCCUGCGUCGACGUAACAGCCACGGCGCCGUCUUCACCGCUCUCCCGCCGGCAGCUAGCCCUAUACCCAAAAUUGGCCCCCAGCGAAGUUCCAAGAACGCACAGAAGCUAAAAAUAUUACCGAAUCCCGAACUUGACGAGGAGGGUCCAGAUGAGGAGAGCGGCAGAGACGUCUAUUCGCAGUAUACACGUAUUAAAGAUCCUACUGCAAGGAGAGAUGCCGCACGGUUAGGCAAAGCAGACCGCGAUAGACUGCCACGGGUAACGGCCUACUGCACGGCUACAAAGUACCAGAUGGACGGUUUGAUGCGAUUCCUCAAGGGCAGGGGUAAAAAUAGGGGUUCAAAUCCCAAGCUGAUAGACGAAUGCAUAUACUCGCCGUAUAAUUACGCGUUUGGGAAAUCCGUAGAGCGAGCAGAGGCAGCGGAAGAAAUACGGCAAAGACCGAUCCAGACUUACGAGAGGAGACAUUCCACCGGCGAAGUGGACGAACAUUCGAAUACGUACGCGAGGGAAAGCCUGCGGAACCUGCAAUCACAACAAGAUGACGACGCAUCGGAUACCGAACAGAUAUUCGGUAAUGGCCGGGAUGUCCAUAACAACCUCUCCUACCCGACACAUUCCGAGGAUGAGAGCGCCAUACACGAUCCGCAUUCGCAUUCCGAACACCAGCAGCACGGUGCCGACUUCGACAUCCAGGUACAUACACCGGAGGUAUUCUUAUUCGAUUACGGUGUUGUUGUGAUAUGGGGCAUGUCGCCAGCACACGAGCAACGGUUCCUAAAAGACAUCGCAAAAUUCGAACUGGAUAAGCUAAAUCCGGACGACGUGGAGACGGAGUGCUUCAACUUCUACUACACUAAUGAGUACCAGCCACGGAUAUAUAACGACUUUAUCACGCUGAGGGACAAGGGGAACUACAUGACGAAGCUAGCCAUAUCGCACGCGUUGGCGCAAAGCGUCAAGACGUCCCUCUUCGAGGAGCUCAUCGCAUCGACUGUCGAUACAUGCAAAGACAUACCGACGCAGAUCGCUCUGACGGGUAAGAUCGCACUGUCGCGGUCGCAAAUCAACAUGCAGAUCGGCGAGCUGUUUAUCUUGCGCAUCAGCAUCCACCUCAACGGCAGCGUGCUCGACACCCCCGAGCUCUUCUGGGUUGAACCCCAUCUCGAACCCGUCUAUCAGGCCGUCCGCAGCUACCUCGAGAUGGACCAACGUGUCCGCCUACUCACCGAGCGCCUCGACGUCAUUGCUGACUUGCUCGCCGUACUUAAGGAUCAACUGAGCCAUGGUCAUGGAGAGAAACUUGAGUGGAUCGUCAUCGUCCUCAUCGCCGCGGAAAUCCUAGUCGCAGCCGUCAACAUUGUCGUCGACCUCUACGCCGGCGUAGAUUAA